AUGAAAGAUAUUAUUAAUUAUUACAAUGAAAAAGCUCCUGAAAAUUUAAAAUUAAGUAUAACUGAAGAUGGUACCAAGACUAUUCUAACUACUGGAUUUUGUUUAAUUCUUGCAUAUGGUCUUGCUAGAUCUGGUAGUGCUUUAUUCAAUGAAUUAAGGAAUGCCGUAUUUGCUCGUGUAUCCCAACACUCAGUUAGAAAAAUUGCACAUAGAAUUUUUCUUCACUUACAUAAUUUAGACUUACAAUUUCAUUUAAAUAGACAAACAGGAGCUUUAUCAAAAGCUAUUGAUCGUGGAACAAGAGGAAUGUCAUUUGUUUUAUCUGCAUUAAUUUUUAAUGUUAUACCAACAAUAGUAGAAGUUUCAUUAGUUUCAGGAAUACUGUAUGCUAAGUGUGGUCCUCAAUUUUCACAGGCAACCUUGGCAUGUCUUGGUACUUAUGCUGUUAGUACAUUAUUAAUUACUAGAUGGAGAACUAAAUUUAGACAUGAAAUGAAUCAAGCAGAUAAUGAUGCAGGAAAUAAAGCUGUUGAUUCAUUGAUAAAUUAUGAAACUGUAAAAUAUUUUAACAAUGAACAAUUUGAGGCUAAAAGAUAUGAUUUCUUUUUAAAAAAAUAUCAAGAUGCAUCUCUUAAAACUUCAACAUCAUUGGCUUUCCUUAAUUUUUCCCAAAAUGUUAUUUUUUCAACUGGUCUUAUUGGUGUUAUGGCAUUAGCUGCACAAGAAAUACAAAAUGGAACAAUGAAUGUUGCUGAUCUUGUUAUGAUAAAUACACUUUUUUUUCAACUUAGUGUACCGUUAAACUUUUUAGGUAGUGUUUAUAGAGAAAUUCGCCAAGGCCUUGUUGAUAUGUCUACAAUGUUUUCACUUAUGUCUUUGAAAUCAAAUAUUCAAGAUUCUCCUAGUGCUUUACCAUUAAAAAUUGAUAAAGAGCAUUCAACUGUUGUUAUGAAAGAUAUUCAUUUUGGUUAUAUACCAAAUCAACCAAUUUUAAAAGGAUUAGAUUUAGAAAUACCAUCAGGAAAAAAAGUAGCCAUUGUUGGUGGUAGUGGAUGUGGAAAAUCAACAAUUGUUAGACUUUUAUAUAGACUUUAUGAUGCAAAUUCUGGAACAAUUACUUUUAAUGAUCAAAAUAGUAAAGAUGUUACAAUUAAAAGUUUAAGAGAAAGUAUUUCAGUUGUUCCUCAAGAUUGUGUUCUUUUUCAUGACACAAUAUUUUACAAUCUUAAGUAUGGUAAUCCAGAGGCAACUGAUGAAGAGGUAUAUGAAGCAGCAAAGAUGGCUGAUUUACAUGAAGCUGUCCUUCGUAUGCCAAAGGGAUACGAAACAUUUGUAGGUGAACGUGGUUUAAAACUUUCCGGUGGAGAAAAACAACGUGUAGCUAUUGCUAGAGCUAUUCUUAAAAAUGCAAAUAUUGUAGUUUAUGAUGAAGCAACAAGUAGUUUAGAUGCUAAAACAGAAGAAAAUAUUAUGAGAAGUUUGAGAGGUGCUUUUGCAAAUAGAACAUCAUUGUUUAUUGCCCAUCGCCUUGCAACAAUUGUUGAUGCAGAUAUUAUUUAUGUUCUUGAGGAUGGUAGAGUGAUUGAAAAAGGUGAUCACAAUACAUUAUUAAGUAAUCCAGAUUCGAAAUAUAGUGAAUUAUGGAAAUUCCAGCAUAGGGAUCCAAAUGCAUUGUUACCAAAAGUUAAAAAAAGUGUAGCUGAUGAUUUAUUACUUGAAUUAGAAAACGAUAAAUGCUGUGGAAAUAGUAGUUGUAAUAAAUAG